GACAGACUGUCUUGAAUGCGAUUCCAAUACAACCAAUAGUACGCUUGGCACUUUUAUACUUCCGACCACAUCAAGCACAAGACUGCAACAACAAAUCUAGUCCAGUUUCCAAUCUUUCCUUGGAUCUGCACCUACCCAUGGCUGCCGACGCAAGCCAAAACGGCACUGCCGCCAAGGACAACAACAACAACAACAGCAACAACACCAUCCACCACCACCACAACACCAUCGCCAUCAUCGGCGCCGGCCCUGCAGGCCUGACCCUCGGCAACCUGCUGCACAAGCACGCCAUCCCCUUCACCAUCUUCGAGCGCCGCCCGCGCCCGGCCUCCCUGGACGAGCUGACCAGGCAGCCCUCGGGGUUCCUCGACCUGCACGAAGAGUCCGGCCUCGCGGCGCUGCGGGCCUGCGGCGGCGGCGAGCUGUACGAGCAGUUCCGUGCGGUGACGGGCGAGUGCAGCCAGGCGGACCGCGUGUACGACCACGAGGGCCAGCUGCUGCACGCCAGCGGGAGCGGCGAGGUGGAAGGGUACGGCCAGGGAGGACGAGGGGGAGAGUUUGGCGAGGACCGGCCCGAAGUGUCGCGGGCCUGGCUGACCAAGAUCCUGCUCGAGGCGCUCCCAGCCGACACGAUCCGCUGGGAGCACAAGCUUUUGAGCGUCUCGGAGGUUGAGAAUAGCAGCAGCAGCAGCAAUAACAAACUUGUUGCUCUCGACUUCGGCCCAGAGCACGGCAGGCACAGUUUCCCUUUUGUCGUGGGCGCGGACGGCGCGUGGUCCCGCGUGCGCAACCUGCUCACGGACGUGAAACCCGCGUAUGCCGGGCAGCAGUACAUCUCGGCCACGGCACGGGGCCUAUCAUCGAGGAACGAGCAACAGCAGGGGCAGGGGCAGGACAGGAGAUCAGGCCUCGCGGACCUCGUCGGGACGGGCAGCAUGAUGGCCCUCGGGCAGCGCAACGGCGUCAUCUCGCACCGCAACACCGUCCAGGACACGGCCGUCAUGUACAUCGUGGUCGACGCGCCCGGACAGGAGGACUGGGCUGAGAGCACGGGUCUGAGCCGGAUGACGACCGCGGAGGCGGGAAAGGUGCUGGUCGGCGAGGACGGGGUGUUUGGGAAGUGGGGGGACGCGCUGAAGAGGCUCGUCCUCGCGGGCUGCGAGGAUGAGUCUGUCCACGGGAUCACGGAAGAAGGCAAGGUCGGCAGCGACAAGACGGGCCAGAAGCUGCUGGACGUCAAGCCCAUGUAUACCCUGCCCGUGGGUCACCGGUGGGCUCACCAUCCCCGGGCGACUGUCAUUGGCGACGCGGCGCAUCUUAUGGGCCCCUGGGCCGGCGAGGGCGUCAACACGGCCAUGCAGGAUGCGCUCGAGCUCGCCGAGGCGAUCGUCGGCGCGGUGCGAGGCAGCGAAGGGCGAGACAUCUCAGAGGAGAGCCUGAGCCCGCGUGUGGAGAAGUUUGAGUUGGGCAUGUGGGAGAGGGCGGCAGAGAAGGCAGGCGAGUCGGAGCGGAACGGCAAACUCAUGUUUGGUAGCGACCAUGGUGGAAGAGCCCUGGCCGCAAUGUUCAAGAGCUUUGGGCCGCCGCCACAGUAGACAGCGCUGAUACCCAUGAUUUGACAAGGACAUUUGGGAGGAAAUCUUGACUGGGUCAUUUCAUUUGAUAGACUAUUU